UUUUACUUUGACAAGUUGGCCAGCUGUUUUAUUGUAUUUUGUUAAAUCCUCUUGAAUUUUCUCCUCUUUAUAAAACGCAAAGUAUAACAAAAUAAUCGUUCAGCGAACCCAAUUGAACAAAAACAUAAAAUGGAGCACAAGAUAAUACUGAAAUGCCGCACUUGCUUGGAGGACAAUGAAGAGGAGAGCAUGUUUGAGUUGUUCGCAGAGAAUGAACCAGACGCCAGUGGGAAACUUCACAAACUAAAACUAAAUAAAAAAAUCGAGUAUUGUUGUGGAGUACGGAUUCGCGAGUCGUCUGAUAUGCCUUCAAAGAUAUGUUGGAAAUGUUUCGAAAUGACAAGAAUGUGGUACAAUUUUCGACAAAUGUGUUUAAACUCUCAGCUCUAUUUGGAGAGUUUGUGUGAAGAUCGUAUACGUCCGGAUGGCACUGAGGAUGCAGAAUUUUUAGGGUACCUUAUGGAAGAACUACUAGUAUACCGCGAUAAAGUAUAUGAAGCUAACAACGGUCUAGAAUCUGAUACCGAUGAUGACGGCGAUGAUGAUCUGGGUUUACUUGUAGAUGAAAAUGAAGUAGAUAACCUCUAUAUAGAAACAGAAAAUGAUUUGGAUCGAAGCAUUAAAGAAGAGCCUCAGUCGAGUGAAGUCAAUAGUUACGAAACGUCAACAAUAGCCAAUGAUACAAGCGCAGAGGCAACAGAGAACUAUGCUGGAAACACACCCUUGCAAUGUGGAACGAACUUAUCUAAAAGGUAUACUUCGGGUGUUAAACGCAAGUUUCGGCCACCGAGUCCCACAUCAUAUAUGUGCUAUAUUUGUGGAAACGUUUACAAUAAGAAAGCUACCUUUGCGUAUCAUAUGUCGCUGCACAACAACGUCAAACCCCACGAGUGCGAGCUAUGCGGCAAAUCAUUUCGACAAAUAUGCGAAUUAAAGAAUCACAUGCGACGUCAUACUGGUGAAAAACCCUACAAAUGUGCACAUUGUGAUCGUCAUUUUAUAGAUCGUAGUGAGAAACAUCGGCAUGAGCGUGUACAUACAAAUACGCGACCAUAUGUUUGCAAUAUUUGCGGGAAAAGUUUCAUGUAUUCAGCCAUACUAAAGAAUCACUCCAAACUCCAUACGGGUAAAAAGGACUUUAAUUGCAUGGUCUGCCAAAAAGCAUUCACUCUUCAACAUCAGUUAAAAGCGCACUUACAAACCCUUACCCACAAACAAAAGGAAGCGCACUAUAUAUCUGCCGGAUAUGAGGUCGUCUAUGAAUAAACUAUAGUCGACUUGCCCUGCUAGUCCCCAGUUUUUCCGUAAUUUUUUGUAAGUUUUAGCUUUACGAAAUACUUAUGUAUAUAAUCUAUUUUUUUUAUAGAUGAAACAGCAUCAGCUGUAAAUAAAUUAAAACAAAUUUAGAUUAAAUAUAAACAUGAACUAACUUUUUGUAUUUGAAAAUUUUAAAUAGUUAUCAAGGAGCUUAAAAUUAUGUCCCAUAUGAAACGUGUCAGGAUUUAGAAAAUAAAAUUGAACUCAAGUUUUUAAUAUGAUCAAUUAAGAAGGAAUACAUUGUGGCUUUUAUUUAAAAAAAAAAAGAAUAUAU